AUGUCAGGAGUCACCUUGGGAGUUGCGGGUGGCGGAGACCCUUCUCUUUCGCUGGAUGUCAUUGCCGUCAUCGCCGCCAUGAUGCAGUCGGCGACGGUGGAGGAGGUGCGAGAGGCGUUGCGGCGGGUGGGCGACGUCGGCUUCCGAUGUUCUUUCACGGAUCGCGCGGGCUCGGAGAAGAAUGCGGACGGGGAGGAACCCCCGCUGUCCCGCGGCGAUAGCAGCAGUCAAGUGACAAAGCCACACCUGGCGGUGUGUGAGUUUGUGGAGCAUAACGCGGGGGUUGGCGUGGCGGCGGGGCAUCGUGUAGUGGCAACGCGUGACUUGUCAGCUGUCUUGCAGCGACCCGCGGAGGCUCCUCUCGGGCUCGCUCCUUCAGCCACGGCCAGCAUCGACCGAGCAGCAAGCGCCACGGGCUCCUCACCAUCCACUUUGGUGUGCUGUGUUCUCAUCUUACUGCGUCAUCCCGCCGGUGGAUUGGAGGCAGUGUCGGAAAGAGGACCUCUGACGCUGCGGAAUCUGAGUAUCCAGGCAGUAGAUAUGCGACGGCCACUAGAAAGCUUGCAGACGCUUUUGCAGACCGUCUAUGAACCGCUUCUACGAUCCCAGCAUGAGGUCAAGCUGCGGUCGCAGUUGCAAGACUUUCUGAGUUCUGUCCGCUCUCACUGCCAGGUCUUUGUCGAGGUGGACUUGAAAAUAUUUGUGCAUGCCGAACUUCUUGAGCUUUGUGCAGCGCACCCGGAAGCGGACGUUGAGCAGCUGGUGGAGAUUCUUGGUUUUGAGAAGUGCACCAAUACUGUGUUUCUGCGCCAAGUCAUGACUCUUUGCGCUCAGUGCCGCAGCGUUCUGGACACCAAGUUUGAGGGUAAGGAUAUUGUGAGCGCACGUGAUGAGGUGGCUUACUGGCAGGCCGUGCUGCGUUGGGUAGAGCAGGUGCAAAAGCAACUGCACUGUCGCGAGUGGCAGUUGGUGCACCGUCUACUUGGCAAUCGUGUGGAAACGAGCUAUGAGGUGGAAUUUAAGAUGCAUGCGAAACUUGUGCGUGAUUACUUGAAUCACCUGAAGAGUGUGCCAUUCCAGCAGAUUGACGAGGUGGAAGGGGAAAACUACGCGGCGUUGGUGGAAGAGCUGUUCUCCGCGAUGGUGCGCCCGUCAACAUAUCCGGCCUCGCAGAGUGUUCGCCUGCUGGAAAGUAUUGUGCGGGAGUUGGCGGAGCGCUUUUUGGUGCUUGUGUCUAGAAAUGAUGUGUUGCGCAUGGAAACGCCGGAGGCACAGCUGCAGUUCCUGCGACGCCACAUUCAAGUGCUUCAGGAUAUGCACCAACGCUACAUGCAGACAAUGGAGUUAUUUCAGUCCGAAAUUCACAUGCCGUCACAGCCAUCACCCACGCGGGGCGGCACGCAGCAGCAGAAGCAGAAGUACCACGCCCUGGUCCUUUCACGCGCGCGGCAACUGUGGAGAUUUGUGAAUGAGCACUUUCACUACGAGCGUGCCGUCAAACGGACCUUUGCUGACGGCAGCCUGGAGGCGGGCAUGACGUGCUCAUUCCAUGCGGAACUUACAGACGCGUAUGACUGCUUUGCCACCGCAACAGGGGCAACUGGAAGAUUGUGGGAUGUGACUCCAGCGGGGACUGCCGAGUUUCAUCGUGCGCUGGCAGCGUACAAACGACGGCUGGCAAAAAUCGACGAGCGUCUCGCACUCCUUGUUGGCACCAUGCUGGCAACGGCGCAGGAGAUGAGUAGUAGUGGCCUUUCUCUGGCAUCCGCCUCCUAUUCCUCUGAAUCAGCAGCCGCAGUGGGGACACUGUCAGGGUAUGCGGCUAAUACAAGCUGUGGCCCAUCGCUUUACCGCAUUUACUCCCGUUUCCAUCCACUACGACGUGAAAAGGUGCAGGCUGUUGUUGCUGGGUUUCAGAUGGCCCUACUAGAGCAAAUCAACCGCGAGAUGAAAAACGUUCGAGAGCGUUAUUUUGACGCGGAGAGUUGCCGCGAUGCCGUACGAAUAACCGUCGCCCGUUUUGGUGUGACGCCCGUUGUUGCUCGCAUGCUCUGGGAGAGAUCUGUACAGCGGGAGAUUGAGACUUAUCUUGUGCGUCGAGAUGCCAUAUAUGAGCAUGGGUGGCAUCAGUUGCUGAACCUUCGCACCAUUGAGCACUGUUGGUACCUCGAUGAGUCCCUCGCACAGUUCCUUGGCGCCCCGCUAGAUGACCUUAUGACGAAGGAGCUUGGCGGUGAUCCCGAGGUGUACGGCACGGCAUACGCCUUGGCGUAUCUUGACGCUGUUUACGGAAAGGAUAAGCCAAAGUGGUCCGCUGACCCAUACAUCCACGACGCACAAAAUUUUGUGCAGGAGAGUGACGCACACGCGAUUAGCCGCGCCAAGUCACGUCUGGUGAUUCUUCGUGUGGGGAGCGGCCGCGGAGUGGAGCAAAGUGAAGUACGAGAUGUGCGUAAUUUCUGCGAUAUCAUUUCACAGAGACUUCAAGAACGCGUAGUGCAGUGGUGUGAAGAUGUGCUACGACGCAUCGCUGCACUGAACUUAUCCCCUGGCACGAUGACGAUGAAAGGCCCUCUUUGGCAUGUUGUCGAGCUAUCGGGCAGGAAGGGCUGUGGUAAUAUUUGUAUAAGUGGCAGUGUAAACAGCAAUAAUGGAGGGACCACUGCUGUUGGCUUGAGACGUGUUGUUAUGCCGCAUAUUCCCCGUGACAUGUCUGCACUUCUGCGGGAUCUGCACGUGCUAGAUGGUAUGCAACUGCUUGAGAGCCAUGUUCAGCUUGUGGCCGAUGUGCGAUCUUUUUUCACAAAUAACGAAGAACGUUUCCGCAUUGCGAACUGUCUAUCUGAGCUUAUUUGUGCCUUUGAGAGGGCACUCAACGGCGAGGAUGAACUGAUGGUUAACCUCGCAACCGAAGAAUAUGCCAGCGUGCAUCAAUCCUUUCUUGAUGGGGCUCAGCUGAGCUGGUCCGAUGAAGGAAUGUUGCAGCAAUUUACGCAGGAGCUCUCAGAACGCGUCUAUGCCUUCUGUGCAGCCGUGGCUCAAGUACGUGGAGUCACCGCCGACAUGGAGCGCGGAAUUACCCAGCUGCGCAGUCAUACCGUCCAAAAGGCAGAGGCGGUGGUGGGGCGCGUAGAGGAGAUGCACGCCCUCGUCAAAUCUCUUUACGCGAAUUGUGCCAAUGCAUGCUGGUGGGUGCGACGUGUGCAGCCUUGCCUUGACGCCGCACUCGUCUGGCAACUGGAACAACAUCUUCGCCGUUGGACGAAUGAG